AACAGUGACGAAAAGGAAGUGACGAGCCCUGAGUUUCGUCAGUUCAAUAAACAGCACUGGAAACUGUCGGCAACAGUAACUCUUUCCCAUCCAAAAUCCCAAACCCUAACGGACUCCUAACUGUAAAAGUGUAAACUACCAACCCCUAAAUUCCAUUCAUCAAAUCGCCCCUGAGCUCGAUUCAAGAUGGCUGCAUUCUCAAUUCUCAACUUCACCGUCGCCGUUCUACUCGUAUUCCUUUCACGCACUUCCUCGACCCCACUCCCAUACGCUCCGAAAUUUGAUCCCAACCUUCUGCUCAUCGGCGACGCCCGGCUCAUCAACUCUGCCUCAUCUGUUCAGCUCACCGACCCUACGUCUUCUUCAAGCUCCGGCCUUCUUAUUCGAAGCAAAACUUUUAAAUUUCGUUCCUCUAACUCGAAGAAGCCCGCCAUCAAGCCUGUGUCGUUUUCGACGGACUUCAUAUUCUCAAUUUCACCCCACGACGGAGACGGCCUUGCCCUAAUUAUUGUCCCGGCUGAUUUUUCCUCUAAGUUUUCGCGGGAUGGUUUUGGGCUCUCUCGGCAAAGCAGGUUUUUCGCGGUUGAGUUUGAUACUUCUAGAAAUGAAAAUGUAGGGGACGAGAAUGCGAAUCACGUUGGGAUUGAUGUGGCAAGUCUUCAUUCUGUCCAAGUAAGCAAUGUUUCUUCGAUUGGAUUGGUUUUAAAUAGUGGGAUUAAGCUGCACUCUUGGGUUGAUUAUGACUCUAGCUCUAAGAGAUUAGAGGUUAGGUUAUCUGGAUUUGGUGGUCCUAGGCCUUAUGCUCCUUUGUUAGCUUAUCAAAUUGAUUUAGGGGAAAUGUGGAAAGGGGAGGAGGUGUUGGUUGGAUUGAGUUCGUCUCGUGGAAAUUCAGUGCAGAAGACUUGUAUUUAUUCGUGGAAGUUUACGGUGAGGAUUGCUCCCAACUGGCUGCAUAGUCAGCCCGUAAAUCCACAGGCGUUUUCCAGUAAACGUAGUGAGGAUAAAGUGGCAGACAAGAAAAGCCUGUGUGCUUUGAGGUUGCUUUCUGGUUUGAUUUUUGCAACUGGUUGUGGUCUAUUGGCAGCAUUUGUGGUGCUGUUUCUAUGGGCUGUGUUUGCUAAUAAUGAUCAGGUGGCAGUGAUCCCAGUUAAGUGCUCAGCAAAUCCAGGGGAUUUCAGGUACGAAAAGAUCCAAGUAGUUUUAGAGGACAGCUCAGAUGCUGUUAAGAAUUAGAGAAUCCAAUUUGUAUCUGUAUCUAGUUUGCUUAACUAAUGUUUCUGAUGUGGAUUCUGAUGUUUACUUACGGAGUAUUAGAGGGUCAAGUUCUUGCGAUGUAUCUUGUAACUUGCCAAACUGUUGUUUCCAAUGUGCCUGUGGCCUGUAAUGUUACUGACAGUAGUAUGAUCUUGAGCUUCCAUUUCUUA